GUGAUGUCAAUACAUCCAACCCACUUGACUUUGUUUUGGAGGCCCACAAAAUCAUUAUUGGGCUCAGAUAUUCUUUGGUCCUUCCUCUCAGCGGUGUCAUUUUGGGGAUGCUGGAUAAAAUUCAAGGCACAGAGGCUGCAGCAAAACAUGUGUACAAGACAAUGGCAAAUUCAAGUGUUAUAAUCUCAAAUGUGGUUGGACCUGUGGAACAAGUGGCUUUUGCUAAUCAUCCCAUCAAAGGAUUUUAUUUUACAGCAAUUGGUCCACCUACUAGCGUGAUGGUAACAAUAUUAAGUUACAUGGGGAACUUACACGUUGCAUUUGGAGUGGAGAAAGGAGUCAUAGAUGAACAACAACUGCUUUCAUGUUUUGAAACUGCUAAGGAGAUGAUUUUCAAUGCAGCAAAUAAAAUAUGAUUUUGUUUUACAUUAUGCUCUCUUGUUGUAUGACAGUUAGAGUCUUUGUUGCUCUAUAUUCUCUCUUAUUGUAUGAGUCUAC